AUGGCUGAAGUGUACAUUCGCGUGGCCGAGGAGGAAAAUGAGGAGCCGAUGGAGAUCCCCUCGGAGGAUGAUGGCACGGUUCUGCUGUCCACGGUAGCGGCACAGUUCCCCGGGGCGUGCGGCCUGCGGUUCCGGAGCCCUGUGUCCCAGUGCAUGAGGGGCGUGCGCCUGGUGGAGGGCAUCCUGCACGCCCCGGAGAACGGAUGGGGCAAUAUUGUUUAUGUCGUCAACUAUCCUAAAGAUAACAAGCGUAAAAUGGAUGAGACUGAUGCUUCCUCCGCUGUAAAAAUGAAGAGGGGAGACAUGAAGACGUCAGACCUCAUAGUUUUGGGUCUCCCCUGGAAAACCACAGAGCAGGACCUCAAAGACUACUUCGGCACAUUUGGAGAAGUCAUCAUGGUUCAGGUUAAGCGUGAGAGGGGCGGUAACUCAAAAGGCUUUGGGUUUGUGAGAUUUGCUGAAUACGAUGCACAAGAAAAGGUGAUCGCCCAGCGGCACAUGAUCGAUGGGAGAUGGUGUGACUGCAAACACCCAAACUCUAAGCAAGGUCCAGAUGAGCCUUUGAGGAGCAGAAAGGUGUUCGUGGGCCGAUGCACAGAGGACAUGACCACAGAUGACCUGCGGCAGUUCUUCAUGCAGUACGGAGACGUCACCGAUGUCUUCAUCCCAAAGCCUUUCCGUGCUUUUGCCUUUGUCACUUUUGCUGACGACCAGGUUGCCCAGUCUCUUUGUGGAGAGGACCUAAUAAUCAAAGGCAUCAGCGUCCACAUUUCAAAUGCUGAACCUAAACACGGCAAUAGGCAGUAUGACCGGUCCGCGGGUCGGUUUGGCAACGGCUUUGCCGCUCAAGCUUUUGGGGGCAACCGCAGCGGUAUAGGGAGCAGCACCAACAAUAGUCUGGCAAAUUUCGGUUCCUUCAACCUAAACCCAGCCAUGAUGGCAGCAGCGCUGCAGAGUAGUUGGGGGAUGAUGGGGAUGCUGGCAAGCCAGCAGCAAACAUCCAGCUCGGCAAACACCAGUAGUGGCACCAGCACCACCAGGGAUCAAGCCCAGAGCUUUACUACAGGAAACAACAACUAUGGCAGCACUUCAGCAGCCAGUCUGGGCUGGGGCACAGGUCGUCUGGGUGGGGUAUGUAAGAUAAGCGUUCGUAUGUUCACCUCUCUUCCAUUUCCCUGCGAGGAAGCUCCUCUUUGGCAGCAUUCUUGGGGUGAUAUCGUGUUCAUUGUCCCAUCUGUAAAUGCUAUGCCAUCACAGAACUCCACGUCGCAUGUUCUGAAAGACGGGACCUUGGGCUGUGCUGGUCGAGGUCUUGCCUGA